AUGGAUCCAGCCGCGCUGCUGUUUUCAGCGCGCACGUCGUGGCAGAGUACAUGGAAGAGCAAGGUGUAUGACUUGCUGCCGUCCAUCCUCUUUAACGUGCUCCUCCUGCCGUUUGUCUUUGUGACGCGCGUGGAGCAGUGGCUCGGCAAUCGCGCAUUUUUCUGUUUCGUGCUGGUGCAUCUUGCGUUCUACCCCGGCGGAAACACAGUGGGCUCGCACGUCGAGCUUGUCGUCCUCGGAGCGAUCGGGAGCACGAUCUGGCUCGGACUCGGCUACCUUGUCGUGUGUGGCCAGGUCUGGAUCGACGCGCCGCAUCCGAUCUACUCGAGCGCGGCGUCGCGCGGCGUCGGCGCGUGCUAUCUGUUUGUCACCUUUUUCAUCGGAGGUGCGAUAUGGAGCCGCGUGCCGCGUCUGCGCUCCGCGAUGCGCGUCGGGAUGUUUGUGCAGACAUGGGCGCUCACCGGCUCGAUCGGCGAAAUCACAGCGACCAAUUUUACGCAGCUGUUUUACCCUGUGAUCAUCACGGCGGUCCUAAGCCUCGCUUCGAAUCUGUGCUUUCCGCGCACAGGGCGCGACGCGUACUUUCAGGCGGCGUGCAGCGGCUUGGAGACCGUCUCGGAACUGUCCCAAGUCGCUGUCAAGAACUUUGACAGCGAGCUGCACCUGUGGCUCGCACGCGACCGCGCCGCACAGAACGCGCCCGCGUCGAUGGGCGCGCCGCCGCCGCUGCAGCAGUCGCUCGCAUUUAUCCAGCUGCGCGAAAAGCUGCGGGCAACGACGUCCAAGAUGCGCCAGGCGCUCGCUGCGACGAACCACGAGCUGGCGUACUGCCGCGUGCCGGUAUCGAGAAUGGGCGACACGCUCGCGUUCCUCGUGGACUUUGAGACGUGGAUGUUUUGCGGAUUCGGCAUGGACCUGCCCGCGGCGCCGUUCGAAGAGGAUGCAUUCGUGCACCCGACCGACGAAGCUCUGCCUGCAGACGAGGAGCAAAAUGAGGGCGACACGAGGCUCGCGCGCGAAGACACAACCGAACCAGCAGAGCCAGUGCACACUGGCGUGAAAAAUGCCACGGUGCCCAAAGUGAAGAUCAGCAACUGCGAGGAGAAAGGCACAGACGAGGCGGAGCAUACCGAGGCGAAGCCGAGCGAGGAGCCUACUGGUGCAGGCGUCGACGCGCCGCCAAGCACCAGCGAUACCCAUCCCCUCAAAGCGUCGGCUCCGGCGCAUGAGUCGGCGCGUCCCGAAGCGGAUAUCACGUCCCACUCGGGCGAGAUUCACCUCGGCAAUUAUACCCACCUUGCGAGUCUGCAUACCCAUCUCCAAGACUCGCUUGCUGCCCUGCAUGUGAUCACCGAAGCGUGCUACGGCCGGCGCCCGGCGGCGAGCCGCCCCGGCACGCUGGACUUGGUCCAGUCGUUGUUCCACGCGACGCCCCACAAGCAUCCCCGCGACCUUUUGCGGCGGCAGCGCGACGCGCUCCAAGUUGCUAUUGAUCGCAGCCGCAUCGAGCUGCAUCGCCUGAUCGAGAGCCGCACACACACGGCGUGUACACGCGCGAAAGCACAGCGCCGUUUCUCUCCCAUUGGGACGCCUCAUGCAUACUCGGGCACCUCUACGCCAUCGUGCCAUGCGAUGGACAUGCUGAGCGAGCCGACGCUGUUUUGUACAGACCUAUGCGCGCUGUCCUUUUAUGCAUUGACGCUGAUCGAAGUCUCCUAUCGCACCAUCCGCCUCAUGGAGACCACCGACAAGACCAUCGUCUACUACGAGUCGCAUCCGCACCGCACAUUCCACUUUCCCAAGCUCAACUUUCGGCGCUGGUUCAUGUCGUCAAGUGGCCUUGGCCUCUUUCAGAACACGGCAGACACGCCGCUCGGGGGCCACCAAGGGCAUGCAAGCAAUGAGGAAGAGACAGAGAGUGCAGCGCCACCCCCGCCCCCUGAAAGCGCCACUGGUAGUGGGCCGCACCCCGACGAGCUUGCUGGGCUUUUUGACGACAUUCGCGACCCCGGCGGCUACCGGACCUAUGCAGCAAAUGUUGCCAAGGCCAGCGAGAAUACACACACCUACCGCGUCCCCGUGCAGCGCAGCUGUUUCAUGGCGCGCGUGCACCGCAUCAAGCAGCGCAUUACACGCCAUGCAGCCGUUAUCGACGUGCGCAUUCGCCUCUCGCAGGCGGUGCGGCGCAUGAAGCGGUCGCGCCAUGCGCAAUUUGCGCUCAAGCUCGCGGCCGGCGUCGUGCUCCUCUCCAUCCCCGCGUUUCUCGAGCCAAGUGCGAACCAGUGGUGGAACCGCGAGCACGGGCAGUGGAUGGUCAUUUCGUACAUUUGGUGCUUGGAGGCAUCGACCGGCGACUCGAUCCGCAUUUCGCUGUGCCGCAUUAUUGGUACAAUCGCCGGCGCAGUGACGGGCCUGCUCGCGUACGAAAUCUCGCGCGAGAACGUCUAUGCGCUCGCCUUUUUGGUGGUCCUCUUCGAGGUCCCUGCAUCGGUCUUGCGGCUGCAUACACGCUAUCCGCCGAUCGGGACAGUGAUGGGCCUCACGACGCCGAUCGUGGCGCUCGUGCCGUACCUCGGCAAUACCGAGUACUCGUCGGGCAUGGUCGCCGUGGUGCGUGGGUACAUGAUCUGCCUCGGUAUCGUCGCGGCGCUGCUGAUGAACACCUUCAUCUUUCCGUACCACGCGCGCACCAAGCUUAACAAGAAACUGGCCGGCGUCGCGACGAAUCUCCAGACAAUGUACAUGAACCUGACUCGCCACAUGUUCUACGUCGGAUUCUACGCGAGCGAUGCAUCGCACAAGCGCUUUGCGCGCGUCGAGCGCCAAAUGCGCACGCACAUUGCCGAGUGCCGUGGCCUGAUUGAGGUGAUGAACACGGAAGUGUCCCUCGUGCCGAAACCUAUUGCAGUGCUCAACCAAGUGCUUGUACGGCUCGAGUCGAUCUUUCAUCUGCUCAUUGGCCUGCGCAUGUGCCGAGAGCACGGCAUGCAAAGCUUGCGGGAAAAGGCGGUAUGGGACGUGGCGGAUCUGCGCCAAGAGAUGGCGUCGUCUAUCAUCGUCAACCUCUGGAUCAUUGGCCAGUCAAUGCUGACGCGUGCGCGGCUGCCCCAGUUCCUUCCGUCGACACGCCGCACGCUCGACGAGCUGACCGCAGCCCUGGCGCUGAAACAGGGCGAAGUCUUUUACGACCGCGACCAGGACGCCGUGCAGGUGCCCCUAGUGUACCGCCGCGUAUUUGACGCACCGAUUCUGCACUACCGCUCGAUUCAGAACGUGGCUGAGAGCCACACGCCGUCGCUGCGGUACAGACCGACGGUGCACAUUUCACGCGACCUGCCCAUGGCCCCUGCCGCGCUGCGCACGCCGGCGCUUUCCGGCCCCAACACAGAUGGCAUUCUGUACCUGCUCGCUGAACACACGCUGCUGCUGCAGAUCGUCGGAUCGCUCGAGGCGCUCCUGCGCCUGACGCGGUACUUGCUGGGCGAACUGCGCUUUGUCCACGCCGAGACCUCCUUGUAG